AGAAGCUUGUCGUUAUGUCUGCCAAUUUAUGUUUCAAAAGGAAGUAAACUAAUAAGAAAGCUUCUGAAAAAGAUCUUUGUCAUGAAGAUUUUGGUAGGAGAAAACAUUUAUUGAUUUAAAUGCCACCCAAAAGUUGGCCUAACCCAAGCAUGUGAACCUAUUCAAUCUUGUUAUUUCUUAUUCCCUCUUGUUUAGAUUCACUUCUUGUCCUACUUCUUUAUUGAUAUUAAGACACGUUGUUGCUCUGUUUUUUUCUUUCUUUCUAUAUUUCCAAUUUUCAAGGAUGAAGAUACUAUGUGAAGUGUGCGAGAAGGCUGAAGCAGAAGUACUUUGCUGUUCAGAUGAAGCUGUUCUUUGCAAGCCAUGUGACAUUAAAGUUCAUGAAGCUAAUAAAAUUUUCCAGAGGCAUCACCGAGUCGCCUUGCAAAAAGAUGCAGCCUCAGCCACCACAAGCUCUGGAGCUCCUCUAUGUGAUAUAUGCCAGGAGAGAAAAGGGUACUUCUUCUGCAUAGAGGACAGAGCAUUGCUGUGCAAUGAUUGUGAUGGAGCCAUUCACACUUGCAAUUCUCACCAAAGAUUCUUACUUCCUGGAGUCCAAGUUUCUGAUCAGUCUUUAACUGAAAACUCCGGAUGCAGCACUAGUUUUAGUUCUGAAACUUAUCAGACUCACUCAAAAGCUUCUCUGAAUAGUCAGUACUCUAAUGAGGAAACUGAAGCCGGGAACUCAGCUGCGAUAGACAAGAAUCCUUCUGUAAUAUUAAAUCCUUAGACAUAGACAAUAUCAUUGGUCUGGUCCGGAGCCAUUGAUGUCUAAUAAU